UUCACCAGCUGCCAGAGAAGCAGGUCAGUCAAACUAUCGGUAACUAUUGGCACUAGUUAUCGGUGGGAAUCCCUCUAAGAAGUCGGAAUACUUUUGCCCUGCGUAGUAGCGGGAUAUACGCGGACACAUGCCUGUUCUUUCUCCGUCCUGAGACUCGGAGAUGACCGGCGGAGUAAAAGGUGCCGUGUUGUGAUAUAGCUAGCCGCUGCUGCUAGCGCGGCUAGCUAGAACUAUGGCUUGCUUUGCUGGUAAGAUAAUUAGCAAAGGCUGCUGCGCUCCGGCUGCUAGUCUGUAGCAGACAUCUCGCCAUCUCCGUCACUAAGCUUAGCUGUGCUUGAAAAGCGUCGGAUAUCAAUGUAAGGAAGAUCAUCUGAUGGAGACAUGAUAUUCAUACCCAAUGGAUUACUCAUCAUGCCGAUUGAAUUGAUGGAGUUCUUUCCCUCUCAGGAUCAUUCCCACCUUUAAAUCACACCUGGAAUACCUCAGAGACACCAUGUGCUUACAUUUGGAUUCAUUCAGCAGUUUGUAGUUCUCACUCACCGCUGCCGGACCUCAACCUUUUUUUUUUUCCACGGUGUUUCCGGUGGAACAUUAAGUAUGUGCCUAUCCAGGUUGGACAUGCUUGGAGACAUAUAAACAUUAGUGUGACUUUUAUUUAUUUUAAAUUUUUGUUAAGGAAAUCCAGGGGCUGUAAAACCUCAUAGAAACUAUCAGUUCCUAUAGAAUUAUGGCCUCAGUGUGGAAGAGACUGCAACGUGUGGGGAAGCAUGCCUCCAAAUUCCAGUUUGUGGCUUCAUAUCAGGAGCUGAUGGUAGAAUGCACAAAGAAAUGGCAACCAGAUAAAUUGGUGGUGGUUUGGACACGCAGAAGUCGUCGGAAAUCCUCUAAGUCCCAUAGCUGGCAGCCUGGCAUCAAAAACCCAUACAGAGGAGUUGUAGUGUGGCCUGUACCAGAGAACAUUGAGAUUACAGUUACUCUGUUUAAGGAUCCCCAUGCGGAAGAGUUUGAGGACAAGGAGUGGACAUUUGUCAUUGAAAAUGAGUCUCUGUCAGGACGGAGGAAGGCUUUAGCCACCAGCAGCAUAAACAUGAAGCAGUAUGCCAGUCCUAUGCCCACUCAGACAGAUGUCAAACUCAAGUUCAAGCCCUUGUCGAAGAAAGUGGUAUCGGCCACACUGCAGUUCUCUCUCUCCUGCAUCUUCCUCCGGGAAGGAAAGGCCACUGAUGAGGACAUGCAGAGUCUCGCCAGUUUGAUGAGCAUGAAGCAGGCCGACAUCGGCAACCUGGAUGACUUCGAAGAGGAGAACGAGGAGGACGAGGAGAACAGGGUUAACCAAGAAGAAAAGGCUGCCAAGAUCACAGAACUGAUCAACAAGCUGAACUUCCUGGAAGAUGAGGAUCAGGACUCCGCUCCCACCAUGAUGAACAAUCCCUUCGAUGAGCCUGAUGGUGACCUUCACCCCUACCCCCUUAACCCUUUUGGUGAUCCGGGUGAGGAAGAGCUCCCUCCCCAGCCGGCUCUGAGGCAGCAGCUUGAUGAGGACUACUCCUACGACCACGACUCGUCAAACCCGUUCAGUGAGCCGGAUGGACCGGAGACCGGAUCUGCUCCUGGGAACCCGUUUGACGAGCCCGACCAGGACCCUGAGCUCCAACCUGACCCAGAACCUCCCAGGCCCAAGCAAAAGAAAGGAGUUCGGCCUGUCGACAUGAGCAAGUACCUGUAUGCCGACACCUCUCACAAUGACGAGGAUGAGCUUGACGAAUCCAACCCGUUUUAUGAGCCGAGGACAUCAAGCCCAGCACGGCCUCCCUCCGGCAGCCCCUCUCCUGAUCUUGGCGGUAUCCAGAAGAGGAGGGCCCCUCCACCCCCGAGUACCAGCACAGGCCCGGGUCCCAGUCCACCCACCUCCAAGCCCAGCUCUGGCCCAGACGGGGAGAGAGCCCAGCCUUUGGGGCCCAGCCCUCUGGCGGCGGUGAUAGUGAGAGAGUUGGCCUCCUCUUCCCCAAAGCCUAGCCCCGCCUCCAGUCCAGUUCUUGGAGGGAAACCCAAUGCCAGCCAGUCCCUGCUGGCCUGGUGUCGCGAGGUCACCAAGAACUACCGCGGGGUGAAGAUCACCAAUUUCACCACGUCCUGGAGGAACGGCCUGGCCUUCUGUGCCAUUCUACACCAUUUCAGACCUGACGUAAUAGACUACAAGGCUCUCAAUCCUCAGGAUAUUAAAGAAAACAACAAAAAGGCAUAUGAUGGCUUUGCGAGUCUGGGGAUUUCUCGUCUCCUGGAACCAUCCGACAUGGUGCUCCUUGCUAUUCCCGACAAGCUCACGGUGAUGACCUACCUGUACCAGAUAAGGGCCCAUUUUUCUGGCGAGGAGCUCAACGUGGUGCAGAUAGAGGCCAACAGCAGCCGCAGCACCUACAAAGUGGGCGACUUCGAGACGGACACCAACGCCUCUAUAGACCAGGACAAGUUCUACGCUGAACUGAACGACGUGCAACAUCGGCAGGUCAACGUCGAGCCCCUUUCAUCUACGGCCGGCGUUCCAGCUGAAUCCAACGGCGCCGAGGCCGGCAAAGGGGAGACAAUGGAGCAACAAGUUGGAGUAGACUCAACCAGCUCCCCAGCAGCAGGGUCCUUACAAUUGUCACCGCCGGUCCCGUUGCCGCGUACGGCGUUGGCUGCAACAGCUACAAACUCUGCCCGCGUGCCCCUGCAAGUGUCCGAGGAUAGAGGUGGUCUGCUCAAAGCCAACACUUUAGAUCUUUGCGAGUUACCGCUAAAAUCGGAGAGAGAGCUGGAGAUGGAAACACUAUGCAAUGAGGAGGUGCUAGAGGAUAGAGGAGAGAGAAGUAGCGAACCAUCGUCCCCUACAAGGAGAGGAAACUCUUUAUCACACUUCUCCUAUAACAGGGACGCUGACCUCAUUAAAAAGAAAAGGGCUAGUCUGCGUCACUCAGAUUCAGAGCCAGCUUCAAACACCAAAUCCUCCCCAACCAACCACACAGAUAUCCCCAUCAAACAGGAGCCAUCACCUGCAUCUGUAUCAAGUCCUCCAGCUGAGAAGAAAGUACUUUCUCGUCAAGAGGAGUUGAAAGAGAGAGCCAGGCUCCUGUUGGAGCAGGCCCGCAGAGACGCCGCCAUGAAGGCUGGAAAUAAGAACGUCCCCAACUCAGCUGUCGCAGCACCAAACAGGACUUCAGGCAUGUCUGAUGAGCGCGAUGCAGAGCGUCGGAGACAACUAAGAGAAAGAGCCCGGCAGCUUAUAGCCGAGGCCCGAUCCGGAGUCAAGAUAUCCGACAUGAGCUUGCUGGAUCCAGCUAACAUGGAGAGAAGCAAAGGCACCAAGGCAGCAGGAGGCACAAACAGCAAGCAUGUGGAUCUGAAGCUGAAGAAGCUGACAGAGACCAGUGCAAGAGGAGUCACUUCCCCUUCAUCUCCUUCCUCCACGUCGUCCUCAUCCUCCCCAACCACCUCCUCAUCCUCACCGCUCAGCCCUGCAGGAUUGGAGAACAACGCUGAAGAGCUGAGGGCCGAGCGCCUGCGCAGGGCCACGGAGAGGCUGCGGAGUCCCGUCGUCUUCAACAAGGACUCCGCUGUGAGGAAGACCCAGUUGAAGUCCUUCAGUCAGUAUGUGGAGAACAGACCGGAAGUGAAGCGACAGAAAUCCGUUCCUGAAGAUUUAAAGAAGGCUGACGAGGACGGAGAUUCACCAACAGAAUUUGACCUUCACAGACCUUUUGAAGAAGAGAAGGCGUUCAAAGACACCAGUCAGUAUGUGGUUGGGGAGCUGUCUGCGCUGGAGAGCGAGCAGAGGCACAUAGACGCCCGAGCAGCUCGCGUGGAGAAGAGGCUGCGCUAUCUCAUGGACACAGGAAACAACAAGGAGGAGGAAGAGGCCAUGAUGCAGGAGUGGUUCAUGCUGGUCAACAAGAAGAACGCCCUGAUUAGGAGACAGAACCAGCUCUCUCUGCUGGAGAAAGAGCACGAUCUGGAGAGACGGUUCGAGCUGCUCAACAGGGAGCUGAGAGCCAUGCUGGCCAUCGAGGACUGGCAGAAAACCGAAGCCCAGAAGAGACGAGAGCAGCUGCUGCUGGACGAACUGGUCAUACUGGUCAACAAACGGGACGCGCUGGUCCGGGACCUGGACGCCCAGGAGAAAGAGGCCGAGGCGGAGGACGAGCACCUGGAGAGGACGCUGGAGCAGAACAAAGGCAAGAUGGCCAAGAAAGAGGAGAAGUGUGUCCUUCAGUGAUCAAACCAACAAAAUGUAGCCGAUUAAAGAAAUGUAUCAUCAUGAACAUCCUCACUUUUCCUAUUGUUUCAUAGCAGCUCAUAGAAUCCUGACGAGGUUUUUAGUCCACUUUGACAAGCAGAGACUCAAACUUUGCACCAACUUUCUACCGAAUCGCAGUUUCCACUUCUUUUUUUUUCUUCUCCAUUUUAACUCCCGGUUCUUGGAAAAAAAACAAAAAAAAAACGGUACCGUUAUGUAAUAUAAAUAUGUUUUCAAGAUGGAGAGCGCAGAGCAGAAUGAGGACACCAGAGGUACAGCACAGCUGGGUUUGAUGAGGGGGAUAUUUCCCAUCAUCAUCAUCAUCAUCAUCAUCAGAUAUUAAGUGUUUUUUAAAGAAAAGAAACAAGACGUGAUUUUUUGAGCUUACUUGACAUUUAGUUGCUUCACUUUAUACUUGUAAAAUAUCUUAACUGCAUUACUGUUUAUAAAUCUUGCAUAAAUCUUUCCUGUUGUUUUUAUUAUUAUUAUUAUUAUUAUUAUUAUUAUUAUUAUUAUUGUCUUGGCUUGAAACCAAAAGAAAUAGUUUAGAAAAAAAGUUAUUGUAUAUUUCCUUCAUUUUUCUGCUUUCUGGCUCCUCAUUUGAAUCCCCAACAGUCUGAAACAGCAGACAUGUUUAUUAUUUAUUGUUGUUUGUCCCACAAGCUACUUGUGGGUGAAAACUCUGUCAUGUUUCAUGUUUUUUUUUUUUUUUGUGUGUGUUUGUUUCUUUGCUCAGCUAAUUUUGGUUCCUAUUUAUUGUUUUUGGAAGAGGAGAGAAAAAGAUGUUGCUUCCAUUUGUAUCUCUUAGAGCUCCACACGUCCUUUACCUGUGAACAUUUAUCUGAUUAUUUAUUCCAGUCAUAACCCAAGUCUCCAGUAAUAAAGUCCUUAUGAUUUCAUACUCCA